GAUGGCAAGGGGAAGAAGCGCAGGCGUGAAGAAGACAAAGGAGUCUCUGCUCAUGAUGAGCAGAUGCAUCAGCAAGUCGAGGAAUAUAAUAAAUCUAAACGUUCAGAGUCCCUCAUGGACAUACACACCAAAAAACUGAAGAAGAAAAAGGGUUCUGCUGCCUCUGCUGCUGUGACAAGCACCCCGGCUGACUCCACUCAAGCACUGGUGACAACCACAAGUCCAGCCACCCCAGCCAACCAGGCAGGAGUUGCAAAUGUCCAGGGCCCACAGCCCCAGCACAUCCAGCAGUACUAUCAGCUGUCGGGUGAGAUACAAGACUCCUUGGACUUACUGUCGGAGCCUAAACCCACAGAGUUUUAUACGAAUGAGUUUAAUAAUGGGGAGUUUAACGAGGCAAAACCCUUGGCAGAUUUACUGUUGAACCCGAACAUGGUUGGAUACAGUCAGGAUGGGGUGGUGUACUCGCAGACCCAACCGGUGCUGAGUACGAGUCAGAUGAUAGCUCAUGCUUACAGCCAUGCUCAGCAGAUGUCUUCAGCUCCAGUUUUCAGUCAGGUGGUGUCCAGUACAAACAAUUUCCCACAAACCCUACCAGCUCAGGUGGCGGGGAACGUGAGUGUUGCCGUCGUCAACUCCAACCAGGGGCAAGAGGUUGCAGCCAAUCCUGGUGGUCAACAGACUCAAACGAUUGAGGUCAACGGCCAGCAGGUGCAAGCCCAAUUGGUCACCCAGGCACAGAUGACAGCUCAGCAGGUGCAGAAUUACGCGGAGGCAUACGCUGCUCAGGUGAGCGCUGACUCGAUUGUCCAGCAGCAGGGUGAUCAGGUGGUCACUUUCUCACUGGCCGGUGGUCAGAACAUGAUCAUAGCUUCUCCACAUGGCCAUCAGUCUGGUCAGAACUAUGUGAUUCAUUCCCAGGGUGCCCAGCACGGUCAGAAUAUUGUUAUAGCAGGGCCAGGACAGCAAACCAUCUCCGGGAACUUCAUUGUGAAAACCGAAGUAGAAGACCUCGGUCAUAACAUUGUGCUCACGCAGCAGAAUCUGCAGCAGGCCCUAGGCCAGAAUGUAAUCCUGACUCCGGAUGGGCACUUAACUACGGCGGGGGGCGAAAGUGUUGUCCUGACCACGGCAGAUGGUCAGCAGAGACAGAUUCAAGCCACCAGACAAAUCCAGCCUGCUCAUCAACAGCAGCACCAGCAGCUGAUUGCCCAGGGCAUCCCAAUACAAACAGCUGGAGCACAUCUUCCUCAGGUGUCUCUGGUUCUGCCUCAGGUUAACUCUUUAUUCCCACAGAUCCAGACCUCCACAGCAACCAUCUCCCCUCAGGCGUUUCUCCAGUUGUGUGCCAAAGUGGACAAAUUGACCACCAUGAUUAAAGAAUCUCAGAACAUUUUGUUUGAAAUAAGCAAGAAGGUGGAGAGAAUAGAAAACUGCCUUUUCCCUCAACCGGUGGCUAUAUCAGCAGCAGUGCCGUCAAAGAUCAAUAAGAGCAAGCCCAAGCUGUUAGUGCCAGGAAGUUCUACUCCAGCCCAGACUACAAAUGGCAACACAACUAUUACCAAGGCAAGCCUGAAGGCUGCUUUACCCAACUAUCUGACCAUAUCAGACUACACAGCUACAGAUGAGCUGAAACGUAGUGACUCUAAUUCUGACCUGUUCAUUCCCGUGGGAACCGUUUCCAUGGUCCAGGGUCAGGGAAUGAUGGAGGCACCUAGUCCCAGCGACACUCCCGAGACAGCCUCAAGCACAGUCCAGGAGCUUCCAUCCGAGCAUGAUCUUAUCCCAGUUGUCUUGGCAAAUCAAGUCACUGCAGCGUCCGACAUCAAUGUCCCCAUUAUUGAUAGCCAAAGUGGUAUUGCCGUCACGGUCUAUGAUGAAGGCAGUGAGAAUCAGAAGUUUGAACUGGGUCCUGGCAGUAGCAAGGAGCCCAAUGCCAGAUUCUCAAACACCUCCAACAAUCCUAAAACAGUCAUACUUGACCCCCGUUUCUGGGACAUCCUGGUAGAAGACUUUCAGAAGAACAUGAGCUCCGAUCAGAUCAUCUCAGCCAUGUCGUCAACACGCAAGCCUCUAGUUAGAAGUAUCGGGACUUCAGAGAUCAGCAUCUGUUCGACUAUUCUGAAGGAAGCAGAAGCAGCUUGCCAAGGGCGCCGGGAACGCCUAGCAAAGGAACUGGUGUUCAGAAUCUUCACUCUGGGAGAGGUAUACGACCGAAACGUCUCCGGUGUGUUCUACAUCAACGGGAAGAAAAUGGAAAACAAGAACAAGGCUUUAGAUCCGGCCAAGAUGGCGGCUAUCCAUUACCUGGUGAUGAAGUAUCCGCCCAGUGUUGUGGAUAACCCCAGGCUGGAGCGGUUGGUGUGGAAGAACUGUGUGGAUAGGAUCAAUGAUGCCUUGAGGAGGAUUUACAACUGGAUUCAUAAGAUUGUGGAUGUUAACAACAUCAUGGACAAACUGCCAACCGACAGUAUCAUGAUGCAUUAA